AUGGAAAGAGAUACCACCAGUCUAUAUACUACAUUGGAAAUAGCCAAAUCAGCAACCCCACAAGAGAUCAAAAAAGCUUAUAGAAAGCUAGCUCUCCGUUAUCAUCCGGACAAGAACCCAAAUUGCGAAGACCAAUUUCGAAGUGUCAAUCAUGCUUACGAGAUCCUUUCAGACCCUCAAAAGAGACGAAUCUAUGACAAGUAUGGUUCAGUAGGACUGAAUAUGGCCGAUACAAUGGGAAGCACCAUGUUCUUGGAUCCAGAAGUGGAGGCCAUCGUGUUGGCAUUCUUUUGUCUCGUAUCGAUUGUGAUUGUAUCCGUGCUGAUAUGGCUGAUUUUCAUGUGUCUAAGAGUAGAUGAUACCAUACAUUGGCCUUGGUCAGUGGUGUUCAUCCCACUGUGGUUGGUGAAUGCAUUGGUAUUGUGGGCUACCAUGUAUCGCAUGAAGAACUAUGAUCCAGAAAAGAACGAGGAACUGAAUGGACACGCCAAUCAACAGCAACAAGCAGAUGAGGAUGAGGAUGGCGAGAGGGACGAACAUGAUGGACUAUUAGGAUCUUCGCCAAAACACAUUUCCAGAUUACAGCACGCCAUUAACCAAUACGUACCGUUUAUUCAUUGCUGCCUAUUGACACUAUUUCAAAUCUUGGUUGUACUACGAUUGGACUACGUGAUAAAAUGGAAGAUGAUCUAUGUGUUUGUACCAUUCUACGUGUAUGAACUCGUCAACACACUCCGCAAUGGUAGAAAGGGCUGGUAUUCAAGGAGUAUUGUCGUAGUGCAAAUGACGGCCAUCUUACUGCAAUUGACUUUUGACAAGGCAUCGUGGGCUAUUGUGUUUAUACCCGUCUACUGCUUGGGUCUGUAUUAUGCGUACAAGCUGUGGAGACAAUACAGAGUGUUUGCAAGUUAUCCUCAGCGACAAGAAGCGCAACAAGGACAAAUGCUGGUCAUGAUAGCCUCCAUUGUGUAUGGUAUUCUCGCUGUCUUGUUUUACACCGUGUUGGGGUUGAUUAUUCGACGUCUGGAUGGAUCGUCGCAUAUCAAAUUAGGGCUGAUUCUGAUUCCCGUGUUCAUCAUUUUGAGCAUUGUUCUAUGCUGUACUGGAUGUUGCUUCCCCUGUAUGCUGAUUGUAUCGUCUAUGCCAAUGGAAGAAGAUGUAGAGAACGAACAAGCCUCAUCACAGCAGCAGCCACGUGUGCACUCUAGCAGACGCAUUACAGACAACUAA